AUCACCAACCGGCCCGUGGGAGUGGACUGCCGGCUCCAUCACAAGCACCCGACGCCCCCAGGACCCGUCCCGUUGGCUGCAGGGGCACCGAACAAACCUGUGACCGCUCUUUUCCAUCCGAACCAUUCGAGCCCCUACCGCGCAUCCUUCCAGUGUGGCCCCCCCUUGGAUGGGACAAGAGGAUCAGAUCCCCUAUGCGCCCGUCAGCCGGCGCAUCGGGCCCGGGGCGUCGACGUGUGGAAAUGUGGAAGGAGGUGCAAGCAAUGUGGAAUGCGUGGCUUGUCCCACCCCUGCUGGCCCAGUCAUGCUGCAGAACGGCCACAGGAGCCCCAUCCAGCUGAAAUAGCUCGACCCUCAGCCUUGUCCACCAACGGCGGCUGACUGCUUUUCCAGUCCAAUGGCCCGCGCCGUCUUAGCCGUACUGUACGGGCCCGAUCAGCCUAUCCUUUUUCUGUAGAAAAGAUACAUCAUGCCGCCCUGCUCGACCCGAAGGAUGCUGCUUGUUCUGCUGACCAGUCCUCGCCAGCCUAAUCUGCUUCCCAGCACAUUUUUUUCUAGCUCGGUCUGACCUGUCGCUAGCCCUGUCCUCUGUUUGGCCACAUUUUAUACCAGUGAUACCCGGCCUUUGCAUCUCUUGCGUUUCAUUAGUUCUACGACAAAAUGGAGGACGGCGAGUACAUCGUUUCCAUCGUCGCCCUGAUCAUAUCAGUCGUCGCCCUGAUCGGGGCCAUUCUGCAGCUUCUCCAGCAAUACUAUGCCUCGGCCAUCGGAUACUCCAGCUGCAAUGAGCGCGUGAUGGGCCCUUGGGCCGUGACAAGGAGGAGGAUCUUCCGUUACUCAGAACUCCGAUUCGAGGUCCGCUUCGAGGCUCCCGUCCUCUUUGUCUGUCCGCCAAGCAACACCAGGGGCCCGGUGCCCACUGAGGAGGUCAAGUUCCUCAAGGGGACGGAGCAGAGCGAGCAGGAAACCAGAUCCCUGCCCCUUGCCAGGACGGAGCAGGACAGACAGAAUGCCCAGCAGAAGGAGGUUGAGAAGCUGAACCGCCAGGCCAAGAUCCACACACGCGUGCACACCGCCGACAACGAGCGCGCCACCUGGGCCAUCUUGCUGCAGGCCAUCCAGCAGAUGGAGCACAAGAGCCAGGAGUGGCAGGCCGAGACGCUCAAGCAGGACGUCGUCCGGGCCGGGCCCAAGACCGAGCUCCCCGAGUCCGUCGCCGGCUGGGAGUCGCACUCCGCCGUCGUCGCCCUGCAGCCCAAGCUGAGGAGCUGGGACACCAUGCCCGACGCGGUCAAGAAGCCUUACGCCACCACGACCAUCUGCCACAUUGUCGAGAUCGCCGCCAUGCUGGGCCUGCACUGGAGGGAGUUUGACCGGUCCAACCACAAGUAUCUGGCCGAGGGCAACGGCUACCUGCUCACCGGCCACGAGGUCCAGGAUCUCGGCAUCGCCUUCAACUUCCAGAUGUACGGCAGCAACAAGUUCGAGCAGAACCGCAUCAUCCCCACCGACGAGAUGAAGCUGCUGGCCUUUGGCAACGUGUCAACCCUCUUCCGCGAGGUUGACAAGAACGGCAAGUCACAGUACGACAACGACGACCCCAAGAACUCGUGGGUGCUCCAGUUCGGCAGCACCACGGAGCUGGUCGAGUCCCUCACACACUUUGGCUGCAACUCCAAGACGACCAACUACUUCCGUGACCCGCAAAAGAAGCACGCUCAUCUCUUCCCCAUCGUCUUUGAGGUUCUCGGCAUGGUGGCCAAGCCCUUCUACAUUGAGAACACCUACUACCGCUACCUGCCAAACCCGACGACGUACAGCUGGAACAAGAAGAACUUCUCGCUGCCCAAGCUGAUCCUCGAGUUCAACCGCGCCGUCAACGACGACGACAUCGCCCCGCAGACGGACCACCUGGUGCAGCUGCAGAAGUGGGUCCACCAGGUGGCGAAGCACCUGCACAGCCAGAAGGUGUGGCGUGACGACACCUUCUUCCCGCUGGCGCUGCUGCGGGCGCUGGACGACGCCAUCGCCAAGUGCGACAAGUACCUGAAGGACGAGGGGUCGGACCUCGUCUCGCUGGUGAUCCGCGAGCACGUGCAGGAGGUGAUGCGGCUGCUCAACGCCAAGGCGCCGGCGGGCGACGGGGCCAGCGACGAGUCGACGCUGGAGCAGGACAGCCAGACGUUUGACGAGCUCAACUCGGCGGGCCCGGAGGAGAAGCAGCAGAAGUUCAUGGACAUCUACUUCACGACGGUGAGCCAGGCGGUGACGCGCAACUGCCACGAGGUGCUGCGCAAGAAGAAGAGCACGCGGUACGUGCACUCGCCGUCGCAGUCGCGGGUGGACCUGGGGGCGAUGGUGGCGGCGGACAACAACGACGACGACGACGCGACGGCGGGGGCGGGGGCGGGGGCGCCGCGCGAGAGCGUCGAGUCGGAGAAGACGGCGGCGGCGGCGGCGGACGUGCAGAGCCGGUCCUCCACGCCGGCGCCGCAGCUGCUGGUGACGCCGCACCACGGGGACGGCAUGGCGCGGCUCAAGCGGAUGUCGACGACGCUGCACGAGCAACUUACCGGCAACGUUUGGUGCACGCUCGUGUUCCGGAUGCUUUGCUGGCUGUUGUUGCAUGAUUUCCACAAGAAGGACGUUCAAAUCAGCAAGAGCGAGCUCUACGGGAGCCGGCUGCCGGUGUAUGUUGUCUAGGCGGGCCGUUUGGUGGUGUCAGGAGCAUUUUUUUUGCUUGCUUGCUUGCUUGCUUGCAUUUUCACACUUUGGGCAUAUAUCCUAUACCAAGGGGUAGGCGUUCCACGGCGCAAUUUGGGUGGUGUAAUUUGUGGGCAUGCGGCGUGAUGGCAGCGCGCAUUUUUGUCCCCUGUAUCUGGACGCCGGGGGCGGGUCCGUAAUGCAUACUUGGAUGCAUGUUUACGAAGGAUGGAUGUAGACAUACAUAUCUGGUGUAGCUUGGGCUCAUUCCGAGCGC